GUCGUCUCGUCGGUGUCGUACGCACCACCUGCUAGCAUGGCUAUUCCGAAUCAACUCAUCAUCUGUUCUGCCAUUAAAAUUUUGAUCAUCCUGCUGACGAUCGUUGUUCUGAUUCUACUUGACCCGACGUAUGUCACUGCAUACAUCUCCAUCAAUUAUGAGAUUGUGCUCAUCUACAUUGUCGCAGCUCUUACAUUACUAUACUGCAUCGUCUCUAUCGUGAUGUAUUUCUUGCUUACAAGGCGAGGAGAAGAAACACCUCUGACAAAUUGCUCUCUAUCGGAAGUGAUUUUCUCGACGGCCGGGAUCAUGGGAUGGCUAAUCAUCAUUGGUAUUGGUGGUACGAUCUCACAGCGAACUAUUAUCGAAACCGGAGAACGAUUUGGAUGGAUUGGAGCCCUGGCCGGUAUCAUUGUCGCUUGUUUCCUCGGAAUUGCAGCUUUGUUCACGAUGAAUGUCAUCAACGACAAAAUUCUUGCUACGGGGAGAAUGAGAAAGUACGAGAAAGGCUAUCCACAGUAA